CUCUUGGGCUUCUGUGUUUGUCUUACGUACCGCUUUCCUCUUCCUUUUGGUCAGGAGCCCUUUUAUGAUCAGGCAAGACAGUACUGAGCAGCAGCACCGAACCUGCAGGACAAAAUGAGCCUUUGCUUUAAAUAUCCAAGAGGCAGAUGGAGGUCCUUCCAUCGUCCCACUGCAGUGAGCAAAUCCAACACUGGGCAACCCUCUAAGAUGUUUAUUUGGACCAGUGGCCGGAGUUCUACAUCUUACAGACAUGAUGAGAAAAGAAAUAUUUACCAAAAAAUCAGGGAUCACGAUCUACUGGACAAAAGGAAAACAGUCACAGCCCUAAAAGCCGGAGAAGACCGGGCCAUACUCCUUGGGCUGGCCAUGAUGGUGUGCUCAAUCAUGAUGUAUUUUCUCCUGGGAAUCACCCUGCUGCGGUCUUACAUGCAAAGUGUCUGGACGGAAGAGGCUCAGUGCACGCUUCUCAACGCAUCCAUCACAGAAACCUUUAACUGCUCAUUUAGCUGUGGUCCAGACUGCUGGAAAAUCUCUCAAUACCCCUGCCUGCAGGUGUACGUUAAUCUCACGUCUUCUGGCCAAAAGCUUCUACUCUACCACACUGAAGAAACAAUGAAAAUUAAUUCUGAGUGCUCAUACAUACCUAAGUGCGGCAAGAAUUACGAGGAAUCCAUGUCGCUUGUGAAUGUUGUAAUGGAAAACUUCAGAAAGUACCAACGCUUCUCCUGCUUUUACGACCCUGAAGGUGUUCAGAAGAAUGUGAUAUUAACUAAACUGUACAGCUCCAACGUGCUGUUCCACUCCCUCUUCUGGCCCACCUGCAUGAUGAUCGGUGGGGUUGCCAUCGUCGCUAUGGUAAAGCUGACUCAAUACCUUUCCCUUCUCUGUGAGAGAAUCCAAAGGAUCAAUAGAUAAAAACAACAACUUCUCUGAGAUGUAUUUACAGCUAAAAUACUGUUUUCUCAUUCUUCACCAAAGAACCUUAAGUUUGUAAUGUGCAAGUCUGUUAUAACUUCCUUACUAUAUUCUUAUAAGUAGAGCAAUAAUGCAAAAGCUGUUCUAUAUGCAAACAUGAUGUUAUUAUUAUGCAGACAACAGAAAAAAAACUACUGUUUUGUGUUGACCGUCUAUAUGAUCUUGUUUUACGCUGAGACUAGUACUUCUUUCUUUUCUACAGCCAGAGUAGGGCUCAGUGUGAUCAUUUGCCAAGCUUAAUCAAUGAACACAUUGACAUUUUCAGUGUAAAGGAUUCUGGGGAAAAUUCACCCCUGGACUAAGGGCAGCAAAUGACUUGUGCACCACUUAGGUCUCACGUCUGACUCAGUCCGUGCAAUAGAUCCGUGGUUUUAUUUUUAUUAUUACUAUUGGCUGCAGGGAGUAGAAGCAUAGAACUGACAGCUGUCCAUGAGCAGAGGGCACAGAAUAGACAUAUUUUGAGGCCAGCAGAAGCAGCAAUAGUAUUUUCAGCCUAAGCAGAACUGAGUGGUGCUUUGGAUUAGCUUCCUCAGUUCAGAAGUAAAUUUGACCCUAUGGUGUUUAAGGUCUUUUGCAAAACACUUAUUUUAUUUAGUGUUACAUUUUUCUUGUGUCUUAUCAGCAGCAUCUUUGUCACCUACAGAAGCUGUAGCCAAAAAACAAAACCACCUGUUCCAUUUUCUACUCCAGUCUGAGCCCUAUUGAUGGAGAUGGGACCAGAACACCUUAUGUAAAGGUUUAUUACUCAUUUGUCUUGUAUUUGCUACCAUAUCACUGUAAUGAAAAAAAAUAACACAACCAGCUAUUUUUUCAUUUUUUACUUCCAACUAUUUUAGAUUUUUUUACUUGAUAUAUAUAUAAAUAUAUAUAUAUAAAGAUAAAGCUAUAUUAUAUCUAGUUGUGUACUGGAACUUGAUUAUGGGGUUUUUUCUUUGUUUUUACCAACCAGAAAGAGAGCAGUAUAACUCAUGCAUUUGUAACUUUCAGCCUUGGAUAAUAUCAUAACACAGAGGAGCAGCACUGCAGGAUCUUAUCCAAUAUUCAUGAUGUUGUUUCAGUCAAAAGUCUCUAUUGCUGUGACAUCUGAAUGGACAAAAAUCUCAUCCAAAUCUCAUCCAGGUCUAUUACCUAAAUUGUUAGAUAAUAAUCAUAUUGCUUCUGGAAAUCUCUCCUGACCUUAACUCAACGUGCAGUGCUGGCUGAAGUGAAUUUUAGAUUUAAAAGGCUCAGGUGCAAUGAGUUUUUGGAAAAAUUGAAGUUCAGACUAAUAUGUUGUCCUGUUCCUCAGAUAUUUACAGUGGGGAUUUUUCCAGCAUAACUCCAUGAACACUACAGUCACAAUUCUUGCAUAAUUUAUUUUUACUCCAUUCUUCAAAGCAUUUCCUCUUAUGUUAUAUUUUGAAGGUACCUCUCCGUUGUUUACUUCUCACUUAGCCCGAAGGACAAAUGCAAGGCAACCUCUAUGAGUACUCUGCAAACUACAGGCAUAUUUGAAAUAAGACAAUUUUUUCCCCCUCAAAAAGCCUGCAAAAGAAGAAAGCAAGUAUUCUGCCUCAUUCAUCUAUAUAUAAGUAUCUUUCCACAAUAUAGCAUUAAAAAUUUCCAGAAGUUACAAAACUUUACACAUCAUGCAAGUGUAACGUGAGCUGUAAAAAUGAGUUCUCAGCAGUGAAAAUGAAUCUGCAAUCUUGUAAUCAGUAGUAUAAUUUUCCUUAAGUAAAUAAAUUCCUGGAGGAGGGUGGGGGUAUAACCUGGGCUCCAAAAAUAUGUAAUAAAUAUAUUCAAUUAAA